AUGGAGGCGAGAAAGCUAAAUGUGAGGAGAGUGCGAGGUAGUAGUGAACAAGGUGAGAAUGAAUCUCCUGCAGAAUCCCAGGACAGCGUCCCCAGUUGUCCUCUGUCCGCCCUCCUUCGUCUCUAUGUGUACGCACUGCAUGGCUGCCUGUGUGAGGUGGCCUUCACCGCUGUGUGGGACUGGUGCAGCACCCAGGACAGACGACUGGCGGGUCACAGCAGCCUGUGGGCGCUGCCGAUGUACGCCACUGCCAUCUACCUGAUGGAGAGCCUGAGGGCCGUGCUGCUGGCUCGCUCACUGCCUGUGCGACUGACGGCCUACACCAUGUUCAUCUACUUCUGGGAGUUGAGCUGGGGGCUGGGGCUGAGGCUGCUGGGGGCCUGUCCAUGGGACUACUCAAAUUAUAGGUACAACCUGGGAGGACUGGUGACCCUGGAGUACGCUGUGCCCUGGGCUGUGGCAGCACUUAUAGCAGAGCAGCAUGUGAUCAGGAACACUCUGAGGAUAAGGCUGCACAACUGA